GUAACUAAUGUCUAUUGUCUAGUUAGUACUUAAUCUGUGCCUGUGAGGCUUCUCGAAAUCGACAGGGUUUCUUGAUUGUGUUCCGUAGUUUUUGUGUCGGGGAUCUUUUACGAUUUUACAGUUAUUAACAAUAUUAAAAAGCUUCGAGUUCAGCAGAUUUGUGCGAAAAAUUUAAAUUAGAAACACAAUGGGCUCUGAAACUGUCUCUACACCACCGUCGGUAUCAUGGGCGCAAGGAAAUUCGCGUGUUUAUCUGACUUUUAAUGUUGAAUGUGAAAAACCUGAAAUAAAAAUUGAAAAACAGUUAGUAUCAUUUAGAGGAAUAGGUGCUCCGGAACAAAAAUUAUAUGAAGUUGAAAUUCCAUUAUAUGCCGAAAUUAACCCUGAAAAGAGUACUCAGGUUAACAAAGGGAGAUUAAUUGAAGUAGUGUUAGCCAAAGAAAAAGCAGAUGGUGCAUUUUGGCCGGCGUUAACUAAUGAUAAAAAAAAGCACCAUUGGCUUAGAAUUGAUUUCAACAGAUGGCAAGAUGAAGAUGAGAUGAGUGCUUAUGAAGGAGCGGACGACAUGUUUUAUAAUAUGAUGGACAAUGAUAAGUAUGAAAAUGAUGACACCAGCUCUGUAGAAGAUGAAGAUCUUCCUGAUAUAGAAUAGUCCAAUUAGCUUUAAUAUUUGUGAACUGGAUUUGAUUUUUUUGACAUAUCCGCUCAUUAGUUUUUACUGUUUAGUGAUUUAUACUUGAACCAUCACAUUGUUUACUUAGCUGAGAAAAUUUGGUAUAUUUUACUCAACCAUUGGAAAGCAUAUAGUACAAUUGAAUCUUUUUGUAUGUCUUAACAUAAGCAUAUAAAGAGAGUAGCAUAGCUAGUUUUUUAUGAUAUGUGGUGUGGCAUUUAAACUCAUGAGAUAUUUAAACUUAUUUUUUUUUUAUUUCAUCACUUUUUUGUUUGAUAAAUAAAAUUGUUGAAUUAACUUUACAUAAUUAAAAACCAAUAUGUUAUUAAUUUUAAUAAAGAUAAAUACAUCUUGUAUUGGUGAAUAAAACUUAGUUUUAAUUUAA